UCGGUCCUCUUUCGGUGGAAGACCGCGUCCGAGCGACAUCUCGCUUACCUUACCCACUCGAAAAAAAAACAAGUACCAUGGACGAGUCGAGUAGUUGACGUUUCCUGUAACCUUCUCUUUUUAAGCUUUCUUCCGUCCGAUCAGCUAGCACCUGUCUAUUGGCGUUUUUGACUUUUCCCUUCUACGAGCAAACCAGCAGCGGACACCAUGAAGUACAUCAUCGGCAUCGGCGGCGUUACAAAUGGAGGGAAAACCACCCUCACCAACCGCCUGAUCAAGAACCUGCCCAACUGCUGCGUGGUACACCAGGAUGACUUCUUCAAGCCCCAAGAUCAGAUUGCAGUUGAAGAUGGCUUUAAGCAGUAUGAUGUCAUUAGUGCUCUGGACAUGGACGCCAUGAUGAGCACCAUCUACGCGUGGCUUGAGAACCCGGUGAAGUUUGAGAAGUCUCACGGCGUCAAUAACACCCUGGACACCGAGAUUCUGCCAGAGUCCGACCACAAAGAGGAGACUCGCAUCCUCAUCGUGGAGGGCUUCCUGCUUUACACUUACCAACCUUUGAUCGACGUGCUGAACCAGAGGUUCUUUAUUUCCAUCCCCUACGAAGAAUGCAAAAAGAGGAGGUGCUCGAGGAACUACACGGUGCCAGACCCCCCGGGCCUCUUCGACGGCCACGUCUGGCCCAUGUACUUGAAACACAAGAUCAUCAUGGAGAGGACAGGUGUUGAUGUUUUGCAGCUAGAUGGAACAAAGUCAAAGGAACAACUGUUCAACUUUGUCUAUGGGAACAUCCUGAAUAAUAUCCAACAUUCUCUUUAACAAAGGUCACAUGAUCAGCUAAAAAGGAGCACGUAUUUAGCCUGCUUGAAGACCGGCUCGCCUCAAGUUUCUACCUGGCAGCUUAUUUAGCUGACUGCUACGAGUUUUAAACGUACAAAAAUCUAUCAAUAUGUAACUGGCGGCAUCAAAUGCUGGCAUGAUUUUAUAUCAAGCGUAUUUAUUGCUUUAUACGGCCUACACUCCGCAGAGACUGGGUAGAUGUAUUCAGAGGAUGGAUGCAUAUGUCAAUAAAUGAUCCUCAAGCCAA